AUGGAGCACACUGCAGAGGAUUACUAUGACAUGCCUGUCGAAAUGUUGCCGUCUGCAAAUUUUGCAGGUCGCCCUACGAGUGAGAUCAGCACGAGCAUGCUUGACGGGCUCUGGACCAUGAUGUUCUCCUCUUCCUCCAACCUUGAAGACGAAGCGGAUGACGACGACGAUACCGCGCUGCGAAUACGAACCCCAUCGAGAUCAGCGCCUUCGCAGACGCAGCCAGAGUCACCAGAACCACCAACGAUCAGAAUAAGGUCACCGUCGCUCAACAAUAAUCCCAAGCUACAGAGGCGGAACUUGAGCAACGAUGGCAAUAUCAUGGAUCAACCUCGACUGCGGAAGAAGUCACAAACAGCACCUCCUGGCGCCUUCGAAGCAUUUAUCGCGCCACCACUGGAGCCGCGACGAGCGAUCAGUGCAAGGUUGACCUAUACAAACACGAUUAGGAGAGGGCAGUCGAAGGCGUGUGACAGUCUUGCGAAUUGUUUGGAUAUCGAAAAAGCCUCUAGCAACGAGCGAUUGGGACCGCGCAAGGCAUUGCCAAAACCACCAUGCCAGAACAACGAAGCCAUCUCUUCUGGAAUGAAGCAUCAUCCCGGAUCCUUCUCCGAUAGAGCACGAGUGCAGGAAGCUUUGAAACAGAAGCAGCUUAGAACGUUAAACACAGCUCUAGCAGACUUUGAGUCAAAGAAAUUACCUACCUCACCAAGCUCAAUGCUGUCAACACCACGAGAAUGUUACGCGAUACCGAACGAGCUUGCGACCAGCGAAACUUUAGAUAGCCCACACUCACCUCGCUCGUGGGGCCGGAAAUCGGUCAAGUCUGUCGAAACCAUCAUUCAUCAUAAAACCCACUCGCCCUUCUCCGCACGGGCAAACGUAGAAGGCCGCCGUACGCUAAAGCGCAAGCACAACAACGGAGACGUUGACGCGGCUGAAAGGCGGACAGUUUAUCUACCCGGAGCGAUUAUGCUGGCAGAGCACCCAGCCAAGCUUCGCAGAGACUCUGUCGCAACGCUUGAUCCAUUUACGUUUGACCCCAGACUAGACUCACCGGGAAGGCGAAUAUCGGAUAUCGUCGGGCUGGAUGGCAUAGUCAUGUUCUUUGAGGAAUUUGGUGUGGUUGGGCAGGUUACUGAAGUCACCUUUGAUCAGUAUUGGUUACGAAAAAGUCUAAUCAUGAGCGAUGACAUGGAUGAAGAGAUGGAGGACAUGGUCGCCCGGAAGAGAAGCGUUGGCAGCGUGAAGGAGACAGGGCCAUUGGGCUCUUGGGUCGCACAGAGUCCUCGCCGGGAGGGAUUGAAGUCCAAGUUCUCGUCCGCGUCAUCUACGGUUUCCAUGCAUGCACCAGAGAAACGUAAGCGGAGCAGGCUGAGAGGACUGCUGUCACCCGGCCUUCCUGGUGCAGCCUUCCUCAAGUCCCCUGCAAGUUGGGGACAACAUAUCGAAAGUUCAUGA